AUGUCGCGCAAGAAUUCGUACGAGGAAAAGUCUGAGCGUCGGAAUCGACGCGCGUCGGGCAGCAAGGUUGAAAAACGCGGUCCACCACCACUUCCCGAGCGAACACCGGCUUCGUACUUUCUGGACGGUACAAAAGUGGUCCACACUCCAUCUCGACGAUACUCGGCGCGGGAUGAACCGAACUACCUCGAGCCCGAUUCUCUCGACGAGUCGUUUGCUGCCGCCAACAUUUUGGAGCGUUCUGCUGCAUCUGCCGAGUCGCUGGCCGAUGCUACUUUUGUUGUGCAAGAAGAGCGAUCUCCUUCGCACAUGCUCAAUUUACCCCAUGUCGGGUACAAGAAACCACUUCGCCGCGAAUCGCGACGCGGCCGACGAUUUGGAGACGAGGAUGAAAAUCCCAACUUUUUGGAUCGCACCCGUUCCACAAUGGCCGACGCUUCGAUGCUUGGAAUGACCUCCAUCAACGCGUCAUCAAAUGGCUACUCUGGCGUCGACGAGGAGGAGGAGAGCGGCGACGAUUUUGUCCCUUUGGAAGAUUGGGAAUAUGAGGCGUUGGACGAAGCUGCAAAGCAAGUGUACCGUAGAAAGUACUUUGCUUUUAUGCACCGUUCCGUCGCUUCUUCCCUUCCCCUGUCUGAGCAGGGCAAGAGAAAUGCCGAUUUUGCGACGAUCUUCUACGGGCCAAGGGCGAAAAAGGCUGGCGACAGCGAGAAGGAAGUUGCUCGAUAUCGGAGCCUGACAAGCGGACGAACUGGACCCUUCCACUUUCGUCCCGUGUCCAACCGAUUUUGCAGGACCACCCAUGGCUAUUUGAUGGUUCCUGACAACCUCGAGCAGAUGUACCCUGAUCCCCUCGAGCGAGCGUUCGCCCUCGCCGAGGAAAUCUAUAAAAAUAAAAAUGAUGAAAUGGGCGCAAUGUUAGCCGAGAUCAAUUGCGGCGCCUAUGGAGUCAUCAUUGAAACUCCAACGUGGGUAGUCCCCGUCAAAGACAUCGAAGCGGGUUUGGCCGAUAUCAAAAACACUCCCCGACAAAACCAGUACGAGCAUUACGAUGAGCGACCGUCAUACGACCAGCUCCGACGAUGCCGACGACGAAUCGCCUUCGACGAUUGGCGCCAAUAA